AUGGAGGAGUUGAGCGCCGUCGGAGAGCAGGUCUUUGAUGCCGAAUGUAUUCUCAGCAAACGAAUGAGGAAGGGAAAGUUGGAAUAUUUGGUAAAGUGGAGAGGAUGGUCAUCUAAGCACAAUAGUUGGGAGCCACAGGAGAAUCUUCUUGACCCAAGACUGCUGGCUGCAUUUAACAAGAGGGAGCAGGAAAAGGAGAUUCUGUUCCACAAGAGGGGAAAGAGACCCCGCGGACGACCUAGAAAAAUCAUGGAAACUUUACCAACUGUGUCCAAGUCGCACAGUUCCUCUUCCUCCUCAUCUUCGUCUGGUUCAUCGUCAUCUUCCUCCUCAUCGUCCUCAUCAGAUGACGACGACGAUGACGAGGACGACGAUGUUGACAGAAAGGCGAAGCCGGGGCCGCGCGCACGUGAGCUUCACCCCGUUCCACAGAAGAAAGCGCAGAUUGUUGUGGCUAAGCAGGAGCCACCGAAAAAAAGGGGGAGGAAGGCCUUGCCCCCAGAGCUGAAGGCUCUACGUCAGGGAAAAGGCGCACGAAAGAUCCUUAAAACCGUCACUAAGGAUGCUCCCGCAGACAUUCGUGGCAGCAUCAAGAAACCCCUCAUGCCUGCCAGUUUCACAUACACAGGGAUGAACCGCAACAGGGACUCCUUGAAUGUCCAGAACCGUGGAUCCUUUACCCAGAAUGCCUCUGUAAAGAGCACCUUGAACACCAUUGGGCCAGGACGUUCCAUGUCCUCUGCGGCUCCUCCCAUCGGCAGACCCCCUCAGGGCAAAAGUACCCCUGACUUCAAACUCUCUGUCUCUGAUGUUGGAAACGGCACAGGUCUGGACCUGAAAUCGGCCACAUGCAAAUCACCAGGAGUUGCUGCGCUGAACUUGCAUAAUUCCAAACUCUCCACCAGCAGCUCAAGCAGUGGCCAGGGGUUGGCACAGCCAGUAAUGGGAGCUUCUAAUGGGCAGAAAAAACAGGACACACCAGGGCAGACCUCACUGCAGCGGACAGUAACCAGUAAACAAGUAACCUCUUUUACCGCUGUGAAAAGCCCUUCCAGCCAAACUUCAAAUCUCCAGGCUUUGAAUCUACAAAGUAUAAACAAAUCAGCACAGCCCAACAGGUCUCCUGCCAAUGGCAGUGUGUCAGCAUCCAAUCUGAGGAGUUCCGGCAACCUGACAAGAAAAGGCACAGGCACAAACACUCGACAAGAGUCAAUCAGUACACCAAGCUUUGCAAGUCAACAAGUCGCAGCACAACAACCCAGAAAGAACCAAGCGGGAGGGGACGCAGUCAAAACCGAAGAGCCCCCUGACUUUGGAGGAUCAGCAGACAGAACAUCUAAGAAGAACCAAGGCAAGAUGGAGAGGAAUGUGGCACAAGUUCCAUCCACAGAGACACGGGAUGGCCCCUCUGUCCGGUCAGCAUCAAAUGAUGGUAGCAAGCAAGGAAAGGUCCUCAGUGAGAUGAGCACCGGCGAGGAAGGCAGUAGCUCAGACUCCGACCAUGAUGCCCCGUUUUCUGGUAAUGGCCAAAACCUAUCAAUCUCGGUCCAGACCAGUCAAGACUGGAAACCAACCCGCAGCUUGAUAGAACACGUGUUUGUCACAGAUGUCACGGCCAACCUCGUCACGGUAACAGUGAAGGAGUCUCCAACCAGCGUGGGUUUCUUCAGCAUCCGUAAUUAUUGA